CCAACCAUAGCCAGACGUACUCUGCAGUCGAAGUCUUGAUAUUCAUGCUAUUUCUCUCUCAGUAUCAUCUCUCUAUCUUUCUCAACACACCUCCAUAGCUCGUCCUCAAGACGCUUAGUUAUCCAUCUAUAUCUCUACCCUUUUCACCCUCGUAAUACUAUACACACAGAAACGUUUUCACAGUUAAACAAAUCUUCACAGAAAUGGGGUUUCUAACUCGACUUUUAGUUUUCAUAUCACUCUUCACCGGUUUGGUCUCUGGAUUUGCUCUGCAAAAGCUUCCUCUUAUACAGUUUGACGAAGGUUACACACAGCUAUUUGGUGACCAGAAUCUGAUUGUUCACCGAGACGGAAAAUCAGUCCGGUUAAUACUUGAUGAGAGAACCGGCUCUGGUUUUGUCUCAAAUGAUAUUUACUUACAUGGGUUCUUCAGUUCUUCUAUCAAAUUGCCAGCAGAUUACUCUGCAGGAGUUGUUAUCGCCUUUUAUCUGUCAAAUGGAGACAUCUAUGAGAAGAAUCAUGAUGAGAUUGAUUUUGAGUUUCUCGGGAACAUCAGAGGCAAAGAAUGGAGGAUUCAGACCAACAUAUACGGUAAUGGAAGCACGCAUUUGGGCAGAGAAGAAAGAUACAAUCUUUGGUUCGACCCAACAGAAGAUUUCCACCGAUACAGUAUCCUCUGGUCCCCCUCUCACAUCAUAUUUUACGUAGACAAUAUUCCGAUCAGAGAGGUCAAACGUACGGCGUCAAUGGGCGGUGACUUCCCGGCGAAGCCAAUGUCUUUAUACGCAACCAUAUGGGAUGGCUCCAAAUGGGCGACCAACGGUGGCAAAUACGGUGUAAAUUACAAAUUUGCCCCUUACGUCGCUCAGUUCACCGAUAUGAUCCUCCACGGCUGCGCCGUUGACCCUAUUGAGAAGGUUCUGAGCUGCCAAGACGGAGCGGCAGAGGAUCUCCGGCUAGCGUCGGAGAUAACAGAGUCUCAGAGGAAGAAAAUGGACAGUUUGCGGCGGAAACACAUGACUUAUUCGUAUUGCUACGACCGUACGAGGUACAAGGUGGCUUUGCCGGAAUGUGUGGUGAACCAGGAGGAGGCUAAGCGUCUUAGGGUCUAUGAUCCGGUAACGUUCGGUGGGAUCCCUCACCACCACCGUCAUGGGAAGCACCGGAGCAAGAGCCGCCAGUCGAUAUGAUUUGGUGGUGUGUAUUAUUUUAGCUAGAGGGUUUUUUUUGGCAUUUUCUAUCUUGUAUAGGAAUAUAAACUAUGGACUGAACGAUGGAAUGACAGUACUCAGAUAUUUUUAUUUACCCCCACUAAAAAUUGUCGUGAAACAUAAUAAUAAAUAUAUUUUGAAUA